AUGGUUAAACGAAAAUCAAUCAGAAGCAGUAUACCUUUAGAAGACAAAAGAACUAUAACGUAUGUUAAUAAUGCAUAUGAUGCUAUUUUACAAAAACCAGAUAUUAAAAAUGUUAUUGUUUUGAAUUUUGCUGGAAUUAUCAUUAAAACAACAAUGGAUCUUGAUACUGGUUAUGUUGAAAGUGGUAUUUAUCUUUCAUUAUAUGAAAAAGCACUUUAUAUUUUACAACAAAUUGAUCCAAAUGAUGAAGUACUUUGUGUUAGAGUCCGAACUAAAUAUCAUGAAACCAUAAUGACACCAGAUAAAAAAAUUUUAUUUAUAGUUACACAAAAUCCAACUGAUAGAAUCAAUGAAUACAAGGAUGAAAUUGAAGAAAAUAAAGAU